AUGGGUGUGACGGUAGCUCCUUCUGUUGAAGGUAUCGAGGAUCAAAGAGCACGGGAAAUAUUACAGCAGACUAUGGUGCGUACAGCAAAUGGGAGGUUCGAAACGGGUCUUUUAUGGAAACACGACCAUGUCGAGUUCCCUGACAGUCGUCCGAUGGCGGAGAAACGUUUGCGGUGUCUAGAGAAACGUCUAUCGAAGAACCCCGAGUUGUAUGAAAAUGUUCGUCAACAAAUAGUAGAUUUCCAACAGAAGGCAUAUGCGCAUAAGACAACCAGUGAUGAAUUGGCUAGUUUCGAUACCAACCGAACUUGGUACUUGCCACUCGGAAUAGUGUUGAAUCCAAAAAAGCCUGGAAAAGUGAGGUUGAUUUGGGACGCAGCGGCAAAAGUCAAAGGCGUAUCAUUAAACACGAUGCUGUUAAAAGGACCGGAUCUGUUAACACCCCUGUUGUCCGUAUUGUAUCGCUACCGCGAACGAGAGGUUGCGAUAUGCGAAGAUAUAAAGGAAAUGUUCCACCAAAUUUUGAUACGGGAGAAAGAUCGCAGUGCGCAGUUUUUUCUCUGGAGGAACACUCCUGACAUGCCAAUGGAGACGAUGGUAACAGACGUCGCGAUAUUUGGUGCGACGUGCUCGCCGGUACAGUCGCAGUAUGUGAAAAAUUUCAACGCAACGGAGAACGAGAAAGAGUAUCCUAAGGCUGCAGAUGCUAUAAAGAAAAGGCACUACGUAGAUGAUUACCUCGAGAGCUUAGAUACUAUAGAGGAAGCAGUCGGAUUAGCGCUAGAGGUUAGUGAAGUUCACGCGAAGGCCCGGUUUCAGAUAUGGAACUGGAUUUCCAACCAUGAAGUUGUGCUGAAACGUACCGGGGAAGUCAACCCAACGGCAGUGAAAUGUUUUGUUGCGGAUAAAGAGGUAGCUUCCGAACGACUGCUAGGGUUAAUUUGGUUGCUAAAUGAGAACGUUUUCUCAUUCACGUUGAACCUUCGGGACGAUGUCAGACGGUUAGUUCAAGGCGAAGUUAUUCCCACGAAAAGAGAGUUACUGCGAGUUGUCAUGAGCAUCUACGAUCCUUUGGGUCUUGUUGCGGCGUUUGUGAUACAUGGAAAGGUUAUUGUGCAGGAUGUAUUGCGAGCAAAAGUCGGAGGGGACGAAACUAUCCCAGAUGAGGUAUUCUGUCGAUGGGAACAGUGGCUCACAGUUUUACGGAACAUGGAGAAUAUAAAGAUCCCUCGAUGCUAUUUUCCCGGCUACGAAAUAAAUAGUUUGGAUUCGUUCGAGCUACACAUAUUUGUUGAUGCCAGUGAGCAAGCCUUUGCAGCUGUAGCCUAUUUCAGAAUGCUGGAUCGAGGACUACUACUUGCAGCCGUUCUAGGAGCACGACUGAGGAAAAGCAUCGAGGAAGGACAUUCGUUUAAGAUAAAGCGUACAUAUUUCUGGACCGAUUCUACCACCGUCCGCUCCUGGAUUAAAUCCGAUCUACGACGAUAUCGUUCAUACGUGCCAUUUAGGGUUAACGAGAUACUCAGUCUGUCGAAGGUCGAUGAAUGGAGAUGCGUUGCGUAUGUUCAUCGGUUCGUGGACAAUUGUCGACGAGCGAACUCCAAGGUACCGUUGGAAACUGCUGGUUUAUCGAAAGAAAAGUUGCAGAAAGCAGAGCGUAGUUUAUGCCGGUUGGCGCAAUCCGACGAGUUUCCGGAUGAAGUUGCUAGGUUGAAGCGGAGUCUACGAGUGAGAAACGAGGAUCGGAAGCCAUUGGAGAAAAGCAGCAAGAUCGCAACAGCCACGCCAGCGAUGGACAAGUUCGGGAUUCUUCGAGUGGAUGGACGGUCGGAAAAAGCAGAAUGCCCAACCUAUGAUGCUAAAUAUCCUGUUAUUCUACCGAAGGAACAUCGGAUGACCAGACUGCUUCUUGAUUGGUACCACCGUAUUUACCGUCAUGCAAACAACGGAACUGUCGUGAAUGAAGUUAAGCAGCGAUUCUACGUGCCAAGACGGACAAAGUGGUUCCAGGAUGUAAGAUCAAUCCAGGAAGGUGAAUUGGUGGUGAUAGUGGACGAGAAUGUCAGGAAUUGGUGGUUGAGGGGACGUGUGAUCCGGAUAUACCCCGGGAAGGACGGAUCAGCUCGUCGUGCAGAUGUUCAAACGAGUAGUGGAAUUUUGCAACGUCCGGCGACUAAACUCACUAUAUUAGAAGUUGGAGAUGUAGGUGACGCCGAGGCAAAAGCUCUAGCGACACGAGGGGGAGAAUGUUGA